CUGGCGGGAAAAGAACUUCUAGGUCAUUUUACAGUUAAAGUUGACUACUAAUUGUGUUCAAUUGAGUUUUUUUUUGUAGUUUACAUUUCAUUCUGUCACACAUCUUCAACGUAUCGAUAUUGUAAUAAAAUCAUUCAGUAUUAUUUUCCUUCAGCCGUAGCUAAUCAUGGUGCGUCCUUCUGUCCUGUGUGUCCCAAACGCAGCACUGGUCCAGGAUGAGUUCAGGCACCACGCUGCCACAAAAUCACUGACAACAGAAAUAUUAUGGCCACAAAUAAAGUGGUUAUUGAAGCCCCAAAGGUGGAGUCCAGCGGGGCAGCAGGGGCUGGAGACACCUCUACUAAAGUCCAGGUAUUACAGGUCCCAGCCAAAUGUGGACCAAUCGCCGCCGUGCAACCCCCAGCCACUGCUGCAGGCGGCUCAAAGGGUGACUGUUUCUCUGCCCCCCCACCUAAAGUCCUCUCCACUGGGCAUGGUCCCCUACCUCCUUCCUGUGCAGUUGCAGUUGUUGCAGGGCGUCAGACUUCCUCUCCUUCUGUCAUGGUGGUAUCAAAGGUGGUCACCCCAGGACGAGUGUCUGCUACCAGCCAACCACAGGUAACACAAGCAGCUUUGAGCCAGGUGGCCCCAAUGAAACAGACCCCCACCCCAGGACGGACAGUGGUGAUAACUGUACCCAGGGCAGCAGGGGCACAGACAGUCACUGUGGCCCCUCGGCUGCCCCACGCUGCUUCCCCACAGCUCCCAACCAAUAUCCAGAUACCAGCAGGUAUGAUGUUGAUCCGCAGUGACAGUGGUCAGCUGAUGCUGGUAUCCCAGCAGGCUUUGGCACAGGCUCAGCAGGGACAGAGAGGCGUUGGUGGUCAAGGGCCUAGAAUACUUGUCCCACAGGUAUCUGCAGCAUCUGGAAAUAAAAGUAACGAGAAGGUGACAGUGAUCAGGAUGGCAGCCCCUCCCAGCUUCCAGCCUGCACCAGUCCAGAAGACCGCUGUGGUAAAGGUGAUUGGUGUAGCUCCCAAACCAGCUGUAGUCCCACCACUCAGUGCUGCGUCUGAACAGGGGAGCCAGCAUCGCAUUCAAGCCGUGGUUACGGAAACCAAAAAGGAACCGCUAACCACAAUUAGUCAGGCAACCCUGGAUAGUGUGAAGAAGUGCAAGAACUUUCUGGUGACUCUGAUCAAACUGGCCUCAAGUGACUCCAGGUCCGCCAACAUGGCCAACAACGUCCGAGGACUGGUCCGGAGUCUGCUGGAAGGGAAAAUAGAAGCGGAGGAGUUUACAGAACAGCUGUAUCGUGAAUUGAAGUCGACUCCACAGCCCUGCUUGGUGCCUUUCCUCAAGAAAAGUCUUCCUGCAGUGCGCCGCCUUACUGCAGACCCCCAGUUAUUUAUUCAACAGGCUUCAGCCCAAAACCUCAGCACGCCAUCUUCCACCAUGAAGCAGUCCAGCUCCGACACAGGACAAAACCUCAAUGCCAACCAGCAGGUUAGCCACCAGCAGCCCCGAGGAGUGACUGUGAGAGUUACAUCAGCUCAGUCCACAAACUACACCUAUAAGAUCAGCAGACCCCCACCCAAACCCACUGUGGUCCCGUCAGGAAAACCCUUCACUGGAACUUUUUCAGUGAAGCAGCCUUUCGCUCAGGAGCCGCCUCGUUCCACCAAAUUUGCAUUCAGUUCAGGAUCCUACAGGGAAGAUGAUGACAUUAAUGAUGUCGCCUCCAUGGCUGGAGUCAACUUGAGGGAGGAAAAUGCCCGGAUCUUGACCAGCGUGGUUGGCUCUGUGGUGCAGUCGUGUCACGACCAGCCCUUCCUCUCCCCUAACCCAAUGCUCUGCCGAAUCCUCCGUACAGGACAGGCUUUGGGAGUAACGGAUGUUGCUCCAGAAGUGGUAGCUCUGGUUUCUCAUGCCACGCAGGAGUGUCUCCGUGGGCUGCUGGAGAAGCUCAGUGUGACGGCAGUACACCGCAAGCCAGCCCUGAAGGAGGAUCCGUGGCAUGUCAAAGUGAGUGAUGUACGCUCCCAGCUUCGCUUCCUUGAGGAAGUGGAGAGUUCCAACUUCCAAUAUAAAACCAACUUUACCACGGCCUGCCACAGCGAGUCUACUGCGGUGUGGCUGUCUUGCAUCCUGGCAAAGACAGGAGUGAAUGAGGUGCUGCCCCCCCGAGCCUCUGAACGUGAAGUCAGUUUCACCACUGCACAGGAGGAAGAGGAGGAGGGAAAUGGAGAAGGCAGUAAACUAGAGAGACCAGUUGGGUUAGAGCAGGAGAAGACCACCAAAGGAGAUUCAGAAAUAAGUGAAAGAGAAGAGGGAAAGAGUCGCUCACACACUGAGGAUCCAGAGCAGCAGCAGCUCAAGCAAAGAGCCAAAGAGUUCCAACAAAUAGAAGCAGCUCAGCUGCAGCAGAGAGAGGCCAACCUCACGGCUCUGGCUGCCAUCGGGCCUCGCAAGAAGAGACCUCUGGAGCAGAGUGGAGGCCAGGUGACUCUGCUGCCCAGACAGAGAGUGACUCGGGUCAUGCUGAGGGAUCUGCUGCUGUGUAUGGAGCAGGACCACUUCCUGUCCCACUCUCUCACUCUAUACAAAGCCAUGCUAUGACUACCUUAACUAACUCCUACUGCUAAUGAUUGCUUAAAAAAUAGGCUGCAGUACAUCUAUUCUUUUUUCUCAAACGCCCUACUUUGUUUCAGUUCAUUGAAUAUCUUUCUGUUUAUUACCUAAUUUUUACUUUAGUAUGUUGUUUUGGAUCAGUGAUGGUAAUCACCUGAUCUCUAAAGCACCCAACGUUUUGGUUUUGUAUGUUGAUGAACCUAAGUGGGAUUAAAAAGAAAAGAAUAGAACUGUAGUUCUCAGUUGAUGGUAGAAUGUUUUUUGUUAUUCUGCAUUUUCAUUGUUUGACCAUUAAAAUAAGUAGCAUGUGUCACGUACUGACAA